AGACCCAGUUUUAGUGUAGCCUGUAGUGCAGGCAAAUGGGAGUCCCUAUACUAUAGAUACAUGAACUUGAUUGGGAACAACGUUUACGAAGAUGUCUCGUCACGUUGCAGUAAUGUAAAAAUGCAUGGUGACGUGACGCAGCCAACACUAUAUGUAAACGUUGUUCCCAAUCAAGUGCAUGGAUCUAUAGCACACCCCUACACGGUGGAGUCAGAACGGUUGCAUGAUGUCUAUUGCAGUGCUUGCGUGAGUGAGUGCCACUGGGUUCUUUUUGUCAUUGGUGCCUCAUCUCGUGCCAGGCCAGGCCCAAGUACAACUACAAGUGAAACUGAACAACCCUCGAAGUCGACUCGAAGCAGAGACGAUGCAGAAAAUAAUUGUUGUCUUUUAAUUCUUUCAGGACGUCUUCUAUGUUCUUUCAGGAUGUCCGUGUUCAACCAUUGGAGGCGUAUGUUUCCUUCCCAGAAGUUAUUCACAAAAAGUAGCCUACUCCAAGGCAUGACAUCAGUGAGAGAUAGAAAAUAUAGGUGCAGCCAAUGCAGAUAUGUUGCAAGCAUGCAACAGUCGUUAUCUCCCAGAAACGAAUGUGAAAUUUCAAAGUCGUCAGUUCAAACUGGAAGACAUUCAUUUGGCAGUUUCCCUGGUGCCAAUACUGAGAGUAGCAAUAUGGAUACUCUCACUGAUCUGUUACUAGAGAAUGUUAUUUUUGAAAAUGGACAUGUAGUCGCGGUGAACAAACCAAAUGGAUUAAGCCUACACAUCAAAAGGGAAGGCAGCAUGGAUGAUGAAGCUCUCGGCCUCACUGAUGUGAUUCCAUUGAUGAAACAGCGACUGAAUGUGAAACACCUAGAGACUGUUGUUGGGAUCAACAGGAAAUACAGUGGGGUCAUCCUCUUAGCCAAGUCAAAAGAGGUGUGCCAGAAAUUGAAGAAGUUCUACACAUCAUCUGUUCCAGCACAACAAAUUCUACCGUAUACUUUCUGGGGACUGACUGUCAGAGUUCCAAAACCAGAUCAAGGCACUGACAAGUUCACUGUCACAAGAAAGCAAAUUGGCAGCCAUCUAUUGACUUAUACUGUAGAUAACCCUUCAAACAGAGCAAAGGAGAGAGGCGCAUAUCUCAACCCGUUUAUAAAGUAUGAGGUGCUUGAUCGAACCACCUCGACCAAAUGUGCUCUUGUGGAGUUGAGACCCACAACUGGUAAAUGGGAUGUCAUCCCACUGUACAUAGUGAAAAAGUUGGCAACUCUUCUUGGAGACCAUGUGUAUUCAUCAAGACUACGAACAGUGCUUGGACGGCCUGUGUUUCAAGAACAGUAUACAGCUAUUCCAGAAACGCAGAUUCUCUCCAAGUUGAUCUUUCAAAGUCUGAAGACAGACUGGAAGGACAUAGAGAAAAUCCCUCUGCAUUUACAUCACAAGAAAUUGAUAGUGCCAAAAUUAUCACGCAAAGUUGACAGUGUUGAAAUCGAGGCUCCAUUACCUGACUUUUUCAUGGAAUCUAUGAUUGAAUUGGGAUUUAGUGAUGAAUAUUUGAAACAGACUAAGGCGGCAGCUCCAGAUAAAUCAGGACUUGUGGAAGGAUUGGUGGAAAAAAUAGAGAGUCAGACUGAGUGGACAACAGACAGAUGAUGAUUCAAAUGUGAUCAACGAUUUGGGUUUUGACUCUGUGGACAGAUUUCGGGAGGGGAGUGACUCAAAAAGGUUUGAGACAUAGUAGAGCAUGUCUCAUGGUGCUGAUCAUUUGCAGAAAUCAUUUUGUGCAGAUU